AUGUCUGGAUACAUGCACAUCAGGGCCAUCCUCAAGCUCUACGAGGCUUUGAAGCCCGGGAGCAAGGAAGAUCGAGUUGACGCUCUCUGGGCCAACAUCCUCCCUCUCUUUUUCCCUAUCCUGGAGGACUUCGUCACCGAGACCCAGCCUCACCCCAAGCCGUCCACCGAUCUUAAGGAAGACGUUAGAGUACGCUACGUCGAGCACAAGUCGGACAGAUUCAAGCCCCUCUUCGUCAUCGAGAACAAGCGGACCGAGUUCGAGACCCAUGGAGCAGUCUGGGACUCCGCCGCCGGCCAGCUUCUUGACUACCUCGAGAUCGAGCGUGACACCGCCAAGCGCCAGGGCUUCAAGAACAUCACCCUCUAUGGCGCUGUGACCGUUGGCCGAUACUCCAAGUUUUACAUCUUCCCUGCCGAGGCCAAGAGCCUCCAGCCGUUCGAGUCCCUCGACCACCUCGAAUUCAAAAAAGACGAGGCUAAGAUUGUUGCUAUUCUCAAGAAGAUUUAUGGUGCUGCUUCCCGCCCUCCCUCGCGGGCUGGUUCUGCCAGUGGCGUGGGGUCUCGCCCCGGGUCCCGCGGUAACACCACGGCUGCUCCUACUGGUCGCCCUGGAAGCAGUGGCAGUAACACUGCCCGGCCUGGAAGCAGUGGCACUACCGCUCGUCCCGGUGCUACUACCACUGCUUCCCGCCCCAGCACCACUGCCUCCCGCCCCGGCUCGAGCGGCAGUACCCGCCCUGGUUCCUCUGGAAAGAUCUCCGGCUCCCGCUAA